GGGCCAUCAAGAUUUUCUCUGGCAUCGAUCUUCCAAGGGCACUGGGUGAUCCCAGGCUGUGCACCUCACUUUUACUACCUUGGCUGUGGUUUGUGGUUUCAGGCCCAAGGGGACAUGGCUGAGGCGAGCAUCGUACGCCUGGACUCCGGGAUUCCUUAGUGCGUCGCAUUGCUGAGUCUCAGGAGGGACCCCCAAAGAAGACUGCUUCCCCCUCCCCGCUUUGACAAUGGCUGGAUCUACGCAACCGGCAACCCAGACCUGGCGGGGGGCAGAGACCCACUACCCCUCCCACGCCAUGUCCUACCCCGUGGCAUUAAAUCAGGCCCAUGUGGAUGUGAGUCUCUUGGAAUAUCAGCACCAUCCCAGAGAGUAUCCUUCCCACCUGCCCCCAGGGUCGCUCUUACACCCCCAACGGCGCAGACCCUCCCUCUUGUCCGAAUUUCAGCCGGGAAAUGAAAGAUCCCAGGAGACGCACGCUCGGACUGAGUCCCACUCGUAUCUCUCUGAUCUGAGCAAGCCAUCGGAAAUCGAGUUCAUUGAGACCAAGCGGCCUCGGAUGGAGCUCUUACAGGAGCCGCUGCUGAGGCCUCCGACUCUGCUCAGCCACGGAGCAACAGAGGGUUUCUCCAGGGACCGAGGCAUUGCUGGGAAACUGGAGCCCGUUUCUCCCAUCCCUUCUGCCCAUCCUGACUCGGAACUGGAUCUCCUCCCAUCCCGGCUCUCGAAGGAGGAGCUGAUCCAAAACAUGGAUCGUGUGGACCGAGAGAUAACCAUGGUAGAACAGCAGAUCUCCAAGUUGAGGAAAAAGCAGCAACAGCUAGAGGAGGAAGCGGCCAAACCGCUGGAGCCCGAGAAAUCCAUCUCUCCUCCACCGCUGGAGUCGAAGCACCGCAGCCUGGUCCAGAUCAUCUACGACGAGAAUCGGAAAAAGGCAGAAGCCGCACACAGGAUCCUGGAGGGACUGGGACCCCAGGUGGAGUUG